AUGUUGGUUACUAUACAUAAGAUUAAAAAUAUCAAUGAGGAAUCAUCUGGUCCAACUUCUGAUGACGACUUUUUUUUAUGCGAACCCUUAUCCACUGAUAUUCCAAAAGUGGGUGAUCUCAACUCGCCUGAUAGUAUAAACGAAGGAAUAGUUUCUACUCUGAACGUCCUUUCUCCAACUAAAGUAGAUCCGACAGUCCGAAGACAUCCUUCCCCCUAUUAUUACGGAGAUUUGUAUAAAUAUAAGACUUCAGAAAGCAGCCCUCCAGUGUGGAAAGCUGAAAAUAAAGGUAAAUUUAUUCAGAGCCUUCGAGAACCAGAUUCUAAACCAAACCUCACUCACAAAAGAACUAAAAGCUAUAGAAAAUUUCGGAAAAGUUCUAGCCUAGAGAAUCCUAUUGAAGUCAAGGACCGAACCGCUAGACCUAAAGUUAACAUAAGAUACAAGAAGAGCUCCAGUGUAGAGACCCAAGGCGUCGAUUCAAGAGACGCUCCCAAUGGCAAUUCAAUGCCUCCAAAUCCAGUUACCGUCACUGCUUAUGAUGAUUAUGGAUUAGACGACAUGACACGUCAACGUCAUGUAUACGAAACCGCCUUUGAUUGUCGGAUAAGCAAAUCUGACGAUGACCUAGAUCAAAUUGAGAAAGUUACUAACCAUCCUGUUCUCGUCCAUAUUAAUAAGACUUGGGACAAAAGCCAAGGCUCAGAGCCAUCCAUAGAUAGUAAUUCAUUCAAUAGAAGACAUCGGAGGAGGGAAAGAGAAUGUACAAAAUCCAGCCAUGAGGACAAUAAUUCGUCGGUGAUAGCUCUAUCUCAUGAUAUCCAAAAUAUUCGUUUAGUAGAAACAGAAGAGAACAAUUCCGCAUCGUCAAGUGGUCUUCCCCUACGUCGAUAUACUCCCUCACCGCCGUCCACAGCACCCUUACCAGCUAAAUUUCAUAGCAAAGAGCAUACAAUGAACAGCAUUCGCAGCGCUCCUAAUCUUCCUUCCCACCACAAAUCCCGGUUCCUUCCUGUGAAAUCGCUUACUACCAGUAGCGAUAGUUUACAAAUACGCCAAGGUAGCGCCUUCGAAAUAGAAUUUGGUUGUAGCUCGAAUAAAUUAAUAUCAGAAUUUAAGGGACGGCCUGCUCAUUUAAAAGACGAAGCUAAAGAUAGGAUCCAUGAAAUCAAAGGAAGGCCUAGAAAAGAGCUACUGAUUAUUAAUAAAAGGUCUAAAGAUAGUCUGCUGGAGUUUAAGGGAAGAAGAAUUAGACACAAAUAUUCCAGUACUGAAAGUAUGACGACUAGUAGUAGUGGCGGAAGUAUGGAAAGUAUUAAGAGUAGUACUAGUGAAGGAAAUAGAAGUACUAGCAGUUCUGAGAGUAGGCAGUCGCCUUCACUUAGCUCGCAUAGUUCAGAUUCCGGUGGAAUUCCAAAAAACUAUACCGUCCCCCAAACUUCAGGUGCUUUCCUGGGUAAUAAGCUCCACAUUUUAAGUCCUAUUUCUGAUAAAUCAUCUCAAGAACCAAUAUCCGAAACAUCAGAUAACAACAGAAACAAUAAUUCACAGAAGUGCACACCAGAAGAGGUUCAACCGGCACCAGAAACAUUGAAAACCAAACGACGUCUACCUCAGAAUAAAAAUUUGUUAAAUCUGGGUUUCUAUGCUACCAAUCCAGAAAUCCAAGGAUCGGAUAGUGGAAUUUCCAUACAGUCGAGAGAAGGUAUCAAGUCAAGGUUCAGCUUUACUGGAGUAGAAUUAUCAGCACCUCCUAGCCAGCAGGACUUCUCAGAUUUACCAUUCGACAUGCCGAAAUUGCGGAGGAGACGAGCUGUCCCUGAGGCUACUUGCACUUCAGGUAGCGCUACAUCAGUAGAUUUAAGGGACUUACCCUUCGAUAUGCCGAAGUUGAGAAGGAGAAUGCGCCUUCAGCCAUCAAACUUGGAAGCUAGUGUGUCCCAAGCGUCUUCAAGUCAAAGCGUCAUAGAAGCAGAUAGACAAGCUUCUUGUCGACCAAAACUAACAUUGAAUUUGAGUGAACUUGGAAACCAUCCGAAGCAUGCUUUAGGAGUCACACUUUCUGGACUUGGACUUACAUUAAAUUCAAAUAUAAAUCAACCUUCAACAAGUUCUGAUACGAUUGAUAUAUAUUUGCCUCUAGAAAAACAAGGAUGGUUCCAUGGCCAAAUAAGUAGAGUAGAAGCCGAAAAUGUCUUAAGAAUAUUAAGGGAAGGCAGUUUUUUGGUGAGAAAUAGCGAAUCUAUUAAAAAUGAUUUCUCGUUAUCUCUCAAAAGCGCAAGAGGAUUUAUGCAUAUGCGGAUUCAGAAGAACGUAGAGGAUGGCAGCUUCAUACUGGGACAAUUUAGCAAGCCUUUUAAAUCCAUACCAGAAAUGAUUAAACACUUUUCAAUUAAUCGCCUACCAAUUCGAGGAGCAGAACAUAUGUGCUUGUUACAACCAGUUAUUGCACAACUUUUGUGAUAAGGAACUAGUGAACGAUGAACGAUGAUGAUGAUCCUGGUUCAGGUUUUCUGGUUGCAAUAUAUUUAUAAUCUGUAAUAAGCUAUACGGAGUAAACGCAAAUUGCUCUUACGAUUUUGAAAGUUUUGUGUAAAAACAAGAAGGUAAACUAUUGGAACUUUAAGUUAUUGUUAUUUACUACCUUUAGGUCUAUGGUUGCGUAACUUGAGAGAAUUGUAAGGAUGCACAUCAACCGAACGAUUCAGAGCAGCAGCAUCUAAGAUCAGAAUAACCGUGAUGAUUGCCAGUCGCGGAGAUGGCACGUAAAGAAGAAGAUGACUAUCUUUAGUAAAAAUAAACGUAUUUUUAAACUGACAUAAUUUAUUUUCAUUAAAGUACAUAUUUGCAAUUUUAUUAAAUAAUUAUUAAAAUGACGCAUUAAAAUAGCUUCAGAACCACAUUAACGGCAUUAUUUUCAAAAUAAUUGUAGGUAACUCUAACUAGGUAACUAAGUUCUCAUUUUUGUUUCCAUUUUAAAACAGAAGCUUUUGAAGUUAGCUUUGAUGUAAAGGAGUUAAAUGGACCGAACAUAACACAGACAGAGUUCUUAUGCAGAAUCAAAGCUGGUAAAUUAACUUCCAUUUGAGGUUUGAACUCGAUUGCUGUUAAUAUUUUCUGUAAUUAUUAUGCGGAUGUGCUUCUUAUAGUAGGAGAGCUAGUGAACCCUCCGAGUAACGGUUUUCCUGUAAGGCUAGAAAUUUGUAUAAUGAUAAGUCAUAGCCAUAUCACACCAAGGCUAAAAGCCAUGACCUGGCUGGCAUCAGCCCUGCAGCGUAUUUCCGUUUACGUGUUCAUUUUAAGACAGUGUGGUUUUGAAGUAGACACCGAAACGGUAAUACAGCUUUUUAGUUCCAAAAAGGUAUUGCUUUGAAAAAGCCAACCUCCCAAAUGUGCACGGGUUUGUACCGAAACAUGUGUCGUUGGAAUGCUACAAACAAGUACAUAGAACUAGGCCUAUUCGUUGCAAGUGCUGUUUAUCAACUUGGCUUUGAGGGUUGUGUUGUUGUGUAUUUAAAUCAAUUUAAACGUGAUGGAGCAGUUUAGAAUAGAAUAGAAUAGAAUAGAAAUAUGCUGUAUUGUCAUGAAAAAUUGUACAAUUUUAUCGACAAAGCUUAUAAAAGUCAAGAAAACAAAACAAUAACAAUCCAAUUUACUAAAAUUACAUAAAUCGUCAAAUAUUUAAAAUAAUAAUAACAAUAAUGAAGUUGACUACAAAUGAAGGUGAAUGAACACAAAUAAUCAAUUGCAAAAUUUAAAAUAAAUUGCAAAUGCAUAGUCUACCUAGUAAUUAAUAAAAAAAGUUUUAAAAGUUAAGCUGCUGGGUAUGAGACCCAAAUAUAGAUAAAAAAUAAUAAAAAUACUACUUGUGCAAAGGGUACUGUAAUUUCUUAGUUAUUGAUUAAGAAAAUCUUCUACUGAAUAAUAUGGUCUUUCAGAUAGGUAGGCUUUUGUCAGUUUACGGAAUUUGGGGAAAGAUGCUGCAGAUUUAAGUUGUAGAGGGAGAUGGUUGUAAAGUUUUUUUUGCGGAGUAUAAUAUAGAUUUCUUUACUAACUCCGAGAACGGGGUUGGCAAAUAGACGUUAAACGUAGAAUUUCUCGUGAAGUAGUCAUGGUUAGGUCUUGGUGAAAAGACAUGUAGAUGUUUACGAAUUAAGCAAACAGUUUCUAAAAUAUACAAAGAUGGAAGGGUUAACAUUCCGUGAUCUUUGAAGUAACUUCGGCAAUGUGUUGUUCUUCUGAGGCCAAACAGAUAUCUUAUUGCUCUUUUUUGUAAUUUGAAAAUAACAUCGAAUUGGGCAGCUGUACCAGAACCCCAAAAAGGAAGACCAUAACGAAGAUGCGACUCGAACAAAGAAAAAUAUGUUAUUUUGGAAGAUUCUAGACUGAGUUCAUUCGAAACAGAUCUUAUAGCAUAGCAAGCUUAAAACAAGCAAGUUUAAAAGUGUUUGUACUAAUAUCUCGUAAGAUUUUGAAAUUCUGUUGUUUGAACAAAAUUCAUUUGAAGAAAACAGUAACUAUAAGUGCAACGUUCAGUGUUCGUUAUCUUAUACCGGUAAUUACGAUGACAUUUUUGUGCUUAUAGUAUUAACAUUUUAAAUUUUAUUUAA